CGUGCUUCUCAUAACCAAUCGCUAUGCGAUUUAUGUUGCAUGCAUGCAGCUCUCAACAUGUAAAUGAAUGACGUUGGCAGGAUGAGCACAGGCGCUCAGACAGCAUUCAACAGUAACUUUCCGCUGCAGGUCAGAUGCGCGCUCGAACUGGACGGACUGAGCGAAACGGGAGCUGCGUGAGUUUAACGGGAGGAUAUACUCAAUAAAGUAACAUUCCUGCCGCUUCAAGAAGAGAGAGGGCGAAAUAAAGAAUGACAGAUAUAAUGAACAACCCAGAACACAGUCGGCAAGACUUCACUGUGAGUGACACUGGAGAGCAAGGCGUUUCAUUUCAGAUUUUUCCAGACGCACAGGAGCGCCAUCCCAAGGUGUUCAAGCGCUUGCCGUCCAUCGUAGUGGAGCCCACAGAGGGAGAGGUGGAGAGCGGAGAGUUACGUUGGCCCCCAGAUGACCUGAGAAGCACAGACCCUUCCGGCCAAACACACACACCGACGUCCGCUUCACAAACCCAGAUAUCACACAGCCAGAGUACAGAUGAAGUCAUGUGCAGCAGCCUGGAAACAUCAGGGGCAGCUGAGCAUAACUGAAAUUUAAUAAAUACGUUGUCACAAGUCUAUCAUUAUCACAAGUCUUGGUUCUCACAACAUUUUCUCACUUCAAAACUGACAAGCAACACAAGCAGCCAAUCUGGCAGGCAGGUGUGAAUAAGAACAGAGAUCACAAUGCUAUAUCUGAGCACUCUUCAUAACACAUUCAUAGCUUUAAAAAGACAUUUGAAAGUCUUUGGUACUUUUUAAAAUUAAACUCUUGAUGUAUUUUAUUUGUGAAAAGUGGCUUUAACAGUCUUAAAUUCGCUUCAGGCCUACUUGUUUUUCCUGAUGCAGAAAUUGUGGUUAUAAAACUGCUGCAUCAGUGUACAGUAUCCUCUACAUUUAUGUCUGAGAAUAUGCUGAAAAUGUGUAGAAUAUGGAUGACACGACAAAAACCAAUUGUAUGAUCAGUUGAAAAAUAUGAAUGAACACAAUAUUAUUCAAAAUAAAUGUAUAAAAACAC